UUACUGAAGAUAUACAGCUUAUUAUUUACGAUGAUGUGUUUUCACAUUCUUAAAAUGGCCUGUGGUCCCAAUUUGUGUAAUUGGCAUUCAUCCAGGGGCCCAAGAGGCGAGCUGUCACAUCAUCCCGGGCCGGCCAAUCAGAGACCAGAGCGCGGAGAGGGGGCGGAGCUGGCGCGGAGAAGGCAGCGCAAUUAAACAGAGGGGAGCGCAAUUUAAAUCCAAAACAUCUCUGGACGCGCGCGGGGCAGGAAACACACACAUAUCUACACACACACAAACAGCUGACACCCACCCGCACAGAGACACACACUCACACACACUCACUCACUCACUCACACACGGUGUGUCUCAGCGGGUGAGUGAAGGAGAAGUGUCCGGUGCUGUGCUGUCGGUGUCCGGUCAAGUUGGAGUGGAGCCUCUCGGUGCGUCAGCGGAGACGCGCGGCGGAGCUGUGAGGCGUUCAUGGUCCGAUGUUUUGUGGGGGAACUACGAGGAGGAAGAAGACGUGUUGAGCUUUUUGUUUUUAUUUUCCUCUCCGUGACUUCCUUCCCUCCGCUGCACCGAUGGAAUGGUUUGGUUCAAUCGGAUUACCGCGGCUCUAAACUCCGGUUCCCUCACAGAGGCGGUGACAGCCGCGGCUCCACCGGGGGUCUGCCGUCCCUGCGCAGCCGCCCACAGCGCUCCUUCUCCGGUCUCCUCCGAGCUGCAGCGGUCGUUCAUAUGAGCGCAGCGUUCAGCCCGUCCUUCAUGGUGAUGCAGCGGCCACUCGGAAGCACCACCGCCUUCAGCAUUGACUCUCUGAUCGGGGGGCCCCCGCAGCCCAGCCCGGGACACUUCGUCUACACCGGCUACCCGAUGUUCAUGCCGUACCGGUCGGUGGUGCUCCAGCCGCCUCCGCCGCCGCCGCCCCCGGCCCUGCAGCAGGCUCUGCCCGCCGGCCACCACCCGCACCCGCAGAUCCCGAGCCUGCAGGGCGGCUUCUGCUCCAGCCUGGCGCAGGGCCUGACGCAGGGCAUGGCGCUCACCUCCACGCUCAUGGCGUCGCUGCCCGGCGGCUUCUCCCCGUCCCAGCAGCACCAGGAGGCGGCCAGGAAGUUCGGCUCGCAGGCGCUGCACGCGGUCUUCGACAAGACGCAGGAGCUGCGGCUGGACGCGGAGGACGGCAAGAGCUUCCUGCAGGGGAAGGAGUCCGCGGCGCUGCAGGCUUUCCACGACGCGGACACGGCGGUGCAGACGUCCACAGUCAGAGCACACAGUAAAGACGACUCCAAAGAGGACGAGUGCGGCCGGAAGGAUGAGAGCUUCUCCAUGGACAGUGACUUGGACUACAGCUCUGAUGACAACCUCACCUCCCUGUGUCACAAGGAGGACGGGGACGGCGGAGGAGGAGGUGGAGGAGGGCUGGAUGACGGCCCGCACAUGCACGGCGGCGGCGGCGGCGGGUCUGGCAGCGGCGGCGGCGGCGGGGGCUCCGGUGGAGGCGGCGGCGGUAAGAACCGGCGGCGGCGGACGGCGUUCACCAGCGAGCAGCUGCUGGAGCUGGAGAAGGAGUUCCACUGCAAGAAGUACCUGUCGUUGACCGAGCGCUCCCAGAUCGCGCAUGCGCUCAAACUGAGCGAGGUGCAGGUGAAGAUCUGGUUCCAGAACCGGCGCGCCAAGUGGAAACGGGUCAAAGCCGGGAACGUCAACAACAAGUCCGGGGAGCCGUCCCGGAACCCCAAAAUAGUCGUCCCCAUCCCGGUGCACGUGAGCCGCUUCGCAAUAAGGAGUCAGCACCAGCAGAUGGAGCAGGCCAGACCGUAGAAGAAGAAACCACCUGAGCGCGUGACAAGUGACUGAGUGCCGUGUUGAUGCUUUUUAUUCCCUCUUUGUUGAACACCACAAAUUUAAAUUAAAUUAAGUGUGACGCUGAUAAAUCCCUGCGGUGCACCAGCUCCACGAUCUGUGCUUUAAACCUUCUCCCGUCAGAAAUCACAUAUUUUGUAUAAAGCAGCUAAAACACACUUUCACCAAAUAAAACAAACAGAACAAAUAUUAACAUCAUUUCCAACACAGGUUGAAACCUUCACGAUGAAUUAUUAAAAACAGAAAACGAGGCUUGAAUUAAGAAAUAAUUUAAUUUAAAGCGUUUCUCGCUUUUUAUCAAGGAAUCCGAUUUUAUUUAAACUUAAUUACAACAGUAAUGAAUCCCGGUGUUAUUAUAGUGCAUUUAUCCUGUGUUAAAAUCUGGUUUCAUUUGAUUUAAAGAUGAAAAAAACAAUUUGCCGAAUCCCAUUACAUUCUUCACUGAUUUAAGGAUUCCCCACGCCUGAAGGAAGCUCGCUUUUUUCAGGAAGAAAGUACAAACAUGUCACAAAAUCCCCAAACAAAAAAUAGCGAAUUGCUUGUUUAAGUUGGACGUUUUUUGGAGGCCACAUUAGCAAAUAUUUUCAGCACCGUUCUGACUCUGAGAAGCUGCGGCGCGAGGUUUUGGAUUUCCGCUUUUUUUUUUAACGGACUUUGGUUUUGUCGCAAAAAAAGUAAAAGAAAAAAGAAGUUUGGCGCCAAGAAGCCUCGAAAUAAAAAAGAUUUGUUUGUUCGAUGGUUUUAAUUUAAUUUGAUGAAUCUUUUUGUUGUUUACAGGAAAUUAAACACAACAAAUAAUCAACACGAGACUCAGUGACACGUCACGCGGGGACAUUUCUCUGCAGUGUUAAAAUCUUUUUUGGAGGGACACCAAAAAACUGUGCGUAAAGACGCGCCGCUGAGGAGGAGGAGGAGGAGGAGGAGGAUGAAGAGACAAACUGACAUGUUGCUCCGGCAACACGUUGCCCAACUCCUCCCCUCUCACAUGUAAAUACACACGUGGGACCAAACUGAGGACAUCAUGUGCAGCGCGUUGUUUUGAGUUCCAACAUUUUGUGUGUGCUACUGAAGACUUCCAAACUCUCUGUGGAUCAAACGCUUCACUUCAUCUUCUUUUUAUUUUAUUCUAAUUUCCUGGGACAAAGUGACGCUGCUAAUUUAUUUAUAUAAAACUGUGCAACAGUAACUAACAUUUCCUGAAACUAAAAGAAGAAGAUAAACAAGUGUGAAUUAAAAGAUGAGCAGAUGUGAA